UUAAGUGAAGUAAAAUGAAAGCUUUCACUGAUUGGCUAAAAUGGCUGGCUUCGGUUUCAUCAAAAUUUCAGUUUGUACUGGAUAUUGGAUAAGUUAGUCAUGUUAGUGUACCAUUUAAAGUCACCAACUAAAACUGUCCGCAAGUUUCUUAAACCCUUUCUUCACCUCACAAGUCUUGUCAGUUCCUCUUUUAAUAAAGCUAUUUGAAACUUCACUAAAUGAAAUUGAAAAAAUCCUCAUAAACUAAUUCUUCAGUAUCUAGCUAAUUGUUCCGUUAAGUUAUUUAUACAUUUCACCAUUGAAUUAAAUACGUGUGUUUAAUAUGGAUACAUUAAAAAAUGAUGAUAAACUUACAGUUAUUAAUAGAUCAUCGCAAUAUCUUAUUAGCAAAAAACUAAUUCUUAAAGUGCCUUAUUUUGAAAAGAUGUUGAGCCAUGAUUCAUUGGAAUCAACGGAAAGUAAAGUUGAACUGGAUUUUGACGAAAAAGCGUUGAAAUUAAUCCUCCAUCGGAUUGAACACGGCUAUAUCUUCAUCGAGAUGGACUGUGUCAUAAAUUUGUGCACAAUUGCUGACUAUUUUGGGAUGGAUAAUCAUUUGAUAAAUGAAUGUUUAACUCAUUUCCAUGAUAAUUUUUCAAUUGAACAUCUUCCAGUUAUUAUACCUCAAGUGACUUCAACAUCUAAGUUGAUCAACUCUGGUACUCUUAAUGCUUUCAUUUGCCGUUAUUUCACAAAAAUAGUGAACACAUCUGUUUGGUUGGAUUAUCCUAUUGAGACGAUUGAAUAUAUUUGUGCUUUGGAUUUGAUGAUUUAUUCAGAAGUAAAAGUUUUCGAUUCAAUCAUGAAAUGGGUAAAAUCAAAACCUGAUUCUAGAAAGUCUUAUCUCAAAAAUUUGUUGAAGUCUAUCCGAUGGUGCCAUUUGGAAGAUAAAGAUUUGGCUAAAAUUAAGGAAAAUAUAUACGUUAAAUCUUCAGACUUUGAUCCAAAAUUAUGUUGUCGUGACAAAUCUGGUUGUAAUUGCAGUACUGAUCGAACUAAGCAGAAAUAUUUUAUUGCCAUUGAAAAAUUGGAUGCUACAAACUUGCGAGUCAAAGUGCUUGACAAAAAUUUUUUUCUAUUGGUUAAUCAAGCAAUUCAAUCAGAUGAAUCAAUGCCCUUGAAACUUAUCCAUGAUGAACAUGUUUCAGAUGUAUUCUUUGAUUCUGGAAGGAAAAUGAUUCGAAUCGAUUGGAAGCAGAAAAAAUAUCGUUUGCUUGAAGCUGCUACUUUUCAAUCGCACUUCACCAAAUGUCUUAUGCUCAUUUCUGACGAACAGAAAAGUGAGGAACACUAUGCUGUCAAGAUAAAUAAUCCGCUCAACUCAGAACAAGCGUCUGAAAGUUCACUUCUCGAAGCAGACGACAAGUUUAUUCUGGUUCGUUUCUAUGGAAAGCAAUUUAAAUACUGGGCAAUGCCAACUGAUGAAAAUAUCAGAUCUCACUUCUGGUUGAAAGGAAGGUCAUGUCUGGGAACUGUUUUGGAUAACAAUAUUUACAUGUUGACAGAUAGGCUUGAACUCAUUCAGUUCAAGAUUGACCGCAAGUGCGAGUUUGAAAGGAUUGAAUUUGAAAAAUACAGAGAAAAAUUUUACUCUGAUUCAUUGCUUUUAACUUCCAACCUAACAAAUGAUAAAGUUAUUAUCAUUGAAAAGUCCACAAAAGAACUCUUUUGUUACAAUGUUAAAACUGAAAAAUGGAGUUCAAUGGGUCGAAUCAGUAAUUGUGAUAGCGGAUCAGAUGGUAAAACGAAAUCUCAUGAUCUUAUUGCUUUCACCUCAACAUUUCUUUCGAUGGACGCUAUUAAGGCUUGCCUUAACAUGAACUCAAAUGAAUGAAUUGCCUAUCCUCUGAUAAUAUAAUUCUGCAUUGUUUAAACACACUGAUCUCAGGCAAUCCUGCCAGCUUCUUUAACAAAAAUAUGAGAAAUUUUCUUUUCAUAAAAUUCAUCUUUUUUGCAAAUAAAAUUCGA